CUGGUGAUUUGUACGACAGCGUCUCAGUUGUGAGACAGCCGACGUGAUGUUUACCUGUAGAAUACUGCUGGUGUUGUUUGUGUGUGUUAGUGCCGUGCUAACCCUACCUUCUAUACGGCCGGACCACCAACACAAUGUCUCAGAAGUGUAUUAUAAACACAUGAAACUACCACUGAGUACUUUUGUCGGGGAAAAGAAAAUCGAAUAUGGCUGCUCGGCUUUUGCACUUAAAGAAAACGAAUUCAUCAUGGAAUAUCUACCAGUUGGAGAACGAAACGACUUGUACCACAUAACCGUCAGUGUCUGUGAUACUCCCUACAGUGACUCGCCUAUUUGGGAAUGCAUUGACCCGAGUCAUGUUUGCAAAGACUCGAAAAGAGAAUUUUUGUAUUCUUGGACGAACGGUGCCCCAGGCUGGACUUUACCGGAAAAUACCGGUAUAUAUACUGGCGGUAGACCCCGGUACUUUAUCCUACAAGUUCACGGACGAGACGACAUCUCAGAAGAGCGUGUCAAAGAUUUUGCACAUAUGCGUUUGAAAAUCCGCACCAGCAGACCACGACUAGCAGCUGCUGUCAGUAUGUACGCUGUCGACGGCUACAUCCCUCCUCAUGUCGAUAAUUUCAUGGCGGAUACUGCGUGUGAAUGGAACAGCACGACUCCCGCACCCAUUUUAGCGUACGGGAUACACACACAUACUAGAGGCGUAGCACUGUCGGGUUACAUUGUGAGAAACGGAGAAUGGAUUGAGAUUGGACGAGGGGACCCAUUGUAUCCAUUAACAAUGUUUGACAUCACAGGAAGAAACAUGCUGCUUCAGCCUGGAGAUAUUGUCGCGACCAGAUGUACUUAUCGUAACAAUGGUGACACGAGAGUAGAGAUGGGGUUUACUCACUUGAAGGAGAUGUGUAAUUAUUUUGUGUAUUACGGCAUAACUCCGGAUAAAAUCGCUGCCACAAAAGCCAAGGUUUGUUCCGGAAAUGCGCAGGGUAGAGGAUGGGAGGAGUUAUUUGAUAAAAUCCCGGCUGACGCUAGCGACCCUGGCGGAGACACGGAACAGUCCCGUUACGUACGAAAAUACCACCUUACCAGAAAUUACUGAAGUUCUCCACAUAAUGUAUGUCACGUGAUAUCUUGUCUUUUCCAGACUUAAACGAAAUAAACUCAUGUCGACACACCUGUAUCUGUGUAUGCAUACAG